AUGCAUCAAGUCUGCUCGUCUGAGUCUGAGGGACGGGAAACUCGGCUGGCCCUGAUGCAGUUUCAAACCAUCGACACCGCUGUUGCAGCCGAACCUCUUACCGAUUGCGCUGCACCUGUCCCAAUCAAAAUGCAUAGCUAUGAAAUGCCUAACGGUCAAGAGUAUGGCAGGGCUCGAAGUUUGGGUCUCACAAGCUCUGUAGUUGCUAAAGGUGUAUCACCAUCGAGGCAGAUCCUUCCGCAAAAUUUGCCUGCUGUGAAAAACAUGGUGCCGUUUAUCUUCUCUAGAAUGCUAUGUUGUGUAGUUGAGAUCGUGAAGCAUCGUGGUCUGAUCACAUGUUUUCGAUCGAGGAGAAGCAAUUUCUGA